UUGCGUCAGUCUUCGAUCAUCCUCGGUUCGAAACGGUUAGUCCUGUUUGUUCUUCGGAGUGUUCUCGUUGAAGGAUUGUUCCGCGCGCGUGUUCCGGUCUAUCCAAGUCCAUCCGGUGUUUGUGACAGUGUUUCUCGGAAAAUAAUUCCUUCAUCUUUCCGUCAGGUUUGUGUGAAGUGAAAAGAAGGGAAGAAUUCCGGUUAUUUUUGUGCAAUUAUAAUCUGAUUGGUUGUUUCGUGGUUCCGGAAAGUUCCGUGGAAAUUGUCGCGGUUUGCUGUGUGAGUGCGGAAAGCCGCCAGGUGUAAAGGCUUAAUUAAGUGUAAAUUGGUCAGCUUGCCCUCGAGAGGUAGCAAAUCGAUAGCAAAUAUCCCGGUUUUGGGUCAGAGUUCAACGGCACAGAUAAACGGAAUAUCACCGGAGAAAACACGCUUCAGCCCUGGCCAGUAUUAGCAGCAACAGCGCCGUAACCAUCAUGUCCAGCAACAUCCAGAUAACGGCAGACGACAAGCCAUCGACGGGCAUUACGACGCCGCCAAAGCCGGUGGCCAGCAUUCCGUCGAGCCCGUCCCAUUUGCAGCUUCCGUCGCCGAUCAUCACCCGGCGCACCAGGACCGCUUCCACAUCUGACCGGGCCAUGCGUAACCCCAUCGAGGAGGGAAAAGUGAGGUCGUUCAGCCGGAGCAAAGGACACGGCUUCAUCGAGCCCGCCAGCGGAGGCGACGACAUUUUCGUGCACAUUUCGGACGUCGAAGGCGAGUACGUGCCCCUGCCCGGCGACGAGGUCAGCUACCGCCUUUGCUUCAUCCCGCCCAAGUUCGAGAAGACGCAAGCGAUCCACGUCCAGAUCACCCAUCUGACGCCCGAGAAGCACUGCAAGUGGGAGGAGAUCGCGUCGAUGGUGCCGCACUGCAAGUCCCCGGACAGCUCCCGGCUGCUGCACCACUAGGGCUAGGAGUCGGCGAUCUGCACUACCUAACCCGAGGGGGAUGGGAGGAGAGCAGGGCCGUGUUUCGUUCCGUUCCGGCCAACGACUAGAAACGACGACGAGUUCGCGCGCACACAAACUUACAAAAUACACUUAGUUUGUUCUGAUCUUCUUCAAGUUCUGAUGCUAGAAUUUUUGUGCUUUAGCUUAGGUUGACAGUUUUGUUGUCUCUUUUUCCCCCCUCAUACUUAGAGUGUGCUUGUUCAAACAAUCGGUUUCUGUAGCCCUAUCGCGUAUAUUUAUACGAUACACAUAGUAUUACUACACAAAAAUAAACAACCUCGAGAAAUAUGCAAAAAUGCAACAUUUGUUUUAAGGUAUGCACCGGAAGUGAGCAAAGCCACACUGGAGAAGGAAUGUGCGGUGCGCGAGAACCCCCCUCUCGCUUAACUGUAUUUAUAAUGUCACGAGAGUCAUGCAACGAGAAAACCAGAUUAAGGUUUGUCCUCCCAAACAAACAGAGACAGCAACAGCAAAAAAAAUGCCACUCAAACAUGGCUUAUUCAAACGUUGCAAAAUGAAACCGCAGCCGCAGCAGCAUCCGUGGACUUGCCUCCAAAAUGGUUUCCGACCAGACGGUAAGAUAAUUAAGCGCAAGUCAGAUUUUUGUCGUGUUUUGUUUGCCACUCGAAAAAAUCACUCAAAGAAUACAGGAAAGCUCGCUUUUCUUUCAAGAAUUGCGACUUGUUGAAAUGGCACGGUAGGAUUGAUGGAAUUUUCUAUGCCUCUGUUAUUUUUUUUGUUAAGUUUUCAAAAAAAUGUGUCUUUAAUAUUUUUUAAAAAAAACGACAUUUCAUCCCUGAUGUUUGAAAUUUUGAAACAUAAAGUAUCACAAAAUAAUUUAUACAUGUUUACAGUUGUACUACCAAUAAAUUUAUUAUUUUUUUCUAAACAUGUUAACAUUCCAACGCCCAAGGCUCCAAAAAAGUUGGAACGGUAACUUCAACUCAAUGGUUCUCGAGCCUUACUCAACCAAUCAAGAUGAUUCUUCUUUCCAGUGAUUUGUUAGGAUGUCUAGAUGAUUCUAGAACUUUGCAGAACUUGAUUUGAUCAAAUCUGUAAUUUUUGUGAUCAAAAAGAUCGUUCCAACUUUUUUUUUUCGCGUGUAAAAAACAAUUCGCCAAAAAAUCUUCGGAGGCAGUCUUUUUAAAAAAGGUGGAACGAUGUUUUCGGUCGCAGAAAUUACAGAUUUGUUCAAAUUAAGUUCUGCAAAGUUCUAGAAUCAUCUAGAAAUCCUAACAAAUCACUGGAAAGAAGAAUCAUCUUGAUUGGUUGAGUUAGGCCCGAGUAAGUAGGGCAUGCGUUGGGCGUUCCAGUGUUAAGCAGCGAUGGAAGAAUCAUCAUCAAAAGAAAAUCUUUGAACGUUCAUCAAAAGAAAAAUCCUAAAAGGAACCUGACUCUCCUCUCUCGUGCACGAAAGAUCGGUAAAAAGAAGCAAAAAAAUCAUCAUCUUGAUUAUUCGGCGGAACAUCUUUUUCACUAAUACACUUGCAACUGUAACGUUACACGUCGAAAAAAGAACUGUCACUAUUUGUAGAUAAACAAUGUGUGUAAACAAAGCGAAAUAAAUAAUUUUAAGUUGUGCUGACAUGGAAAAUCACAAAAAAAUCAUAAAUAGAUUGAUUUUCUUGGAGAAAAUCGGGAGCGAUUUUCUUUUGCGUGAUUUGCCUCCUCUCUCUUUCGCGGGUGAAAAAAGUUCGCAAGCGAAAAAGAUUUGUAUACGAUUAUUCCAUCCCUGAUGUUAGGAGAUUUAAAAAAAUGUUUAAAACAGCAUUAAAAAUCGAUUUUACAGCGAAAAUGUCAGCAGAAAAAAUCGAUUUGACCUGCCAAUAAAUUGGUUAAUCCAGCGUAAUUUUUUACUAAAACCAGAAACUUCUGCUGGUUUAUUUUCAAUAAAAUAACUGCAUAAAAUAUCUGACAGCAAAAAAAAAACGUUACUUAAUCCACCUUUAGGUAGUUUGUGCCUUCCUCGCAUUCAUUAAGUGAAUACACUAAAUAACACAUUAAUUUUUAUCAAAAUAUCUGAGAUCUGGCCUCAAAAAAAAUGUAUCAAAAACACUAAAGUACUCAUAACUUUAGAUAGGGUUGUCAGAUCUUCAAUCUCUUAGGCUCGUUGGAAAGGUUUGAUUACCUAUCCAACGAUGGGUCGCAUUAUAGAUCCGGACAACAUUUUCUUCAAAGUAUUUGAGAUCCGGCUUCAAAAAAGUGUAUAAAUGACACUUAAGUGCUCAUAACUUUUGAUGGGGUGGUCAGAUUUUCAAUGUUUUGAACGCGUUGGAAAGGUCUUUCAAACACCUUUCUAACAAUAUUUAGCAUGGCGAGUUUUCUUACAAAUACCACCCUUUUUACAAUCUUUCGAAGUUUAGCUAAAAUCGUUUUUUUAGCAUAACUUUUGAAGUACUUUUCUAAACUUCACAAUAUUAACUAGGGUCUUUUGGGACCCCAAGACGGAUCGAAUGAGACCAAAACGGUUCAAAUCGGUUAAGCCAGUCCGGAGAUAAUCGUGUGCAUAUUUUUCGGUGCACGGACUCACAUCCAGACACACGCACAGACAUUUGUUCAGAAUUUGAUUCUGAGUCGAUACGUGAAGGUGGGUCUACGAGGUCGAAUAGAGAAGUUCAUUUUUCGAGUGAUUUUAUAGCCUUUCCUCAUUGAGGUGAGGAAGGCAAAAAUCUAACUUUUUUUUGGCUGUUUAAGCGUGAUUCUCUGCUACUCUGGCACAAAUUCUACUGUAAGUGGAAGCUGCAGAAAUGUGAGUUGCCGUUCUCAUCUCAGAGUUUACUGUCGUAACUCAACAAGUUUUUGAAACUGAAAAGCAUAAUUUGUGUAGUGAAGUGGUAGUGCAAUGGAAUUGAUCACUAAUUUGAAUGUUUACAUAGUGCUGAUUAAUCAAAAAUAUCAACAAUACCAUCGCGUAAGUAAACAAAAACUUAGUGAGAAACCGCAGUGUGAAGAAGAACCUUUUUUUACAAACUUUGCAAAACAUACACACAAAAUUUUGGGUUACAAUUUCAGCAAAAUAAAUGAAUGAAUUCGAUUCAGUAACCAUCACUUCUGUUGAAAUUCGGAAAUGAAACAAAAUCAUUGGUGAAAAAUCAGUAAACAGUAAACAGUAAAUCUGUCAAACUGACUCAUAAGUUUGGACUGUUUAAGUAAUCUAGAAAUCAUGAUAACUGAAAAACCAGUAUCGAUUGCUGAAUCAUUAGCAAAUGAUCUGUCAAACUGACAAAAGAAUGUUACUUAAUUUUCAGCAAAACAAACUGACAUUUUUUUUUGAUAAAAUUUCAGGUGUUUUGACAACAGUUUUACUGAAAUUUCAGUCAAUCAUCUGUCAAAAUGACAAAUAUGGCUUUCUAGGCCCAGUGAAAAAAUAUAAUUUAACUCAAAAAUGGCGAACUCCUCGUUACAGUGUCAUGAUGCAAACAAUGUUGGCAUAUGUUGGCCCAAAUAUCGGCUGAAAAAGCAGUCGCAAGACAAAAACAAACUUUUGCUAGAAAGAUUAAGCAAAUCUGAUGCAAACAACCCCGCAGCCGCUAUGUAAACAGAAUUUGAAUCUGCUGGCAAAUUUCUGUCUAGAAAGCUUCAUAACAAUUAGCUGAGAGUUCAAUGUAAUAUAAAUUGCUGAAUUGUUAACUUCAGUUGUUAAAAAUUCUGUGAUAUUUUACUGAAAAAAAUGGAGUGUAUUUAUUUAAUUUUACAGAUAUUUAUCAUGUUUUCGUCUGUCAAAGCUUCCAGGUCCGUCAUCAGGGAUGACAUUGGAUCUGGAGGUUAUGAUUGGGUCAUACAAAAAAUGCUAAUUUUUUUUAUUGUUUAGGUUACCCAAACUCGCAAAAAAACAUUAUAAUAAUUGAGGUGUCCUGCAAAAAUACCGCUGAAUUAGCAAAAAAAAAAAUCCACCCGCAUUGUUCCAGUCUACCACGUGGACACUUUUUUUGGUAAUCUGGAACCCCCCCCCCCCCCCCUUUGCAAAAAAGCCACAGCUUCAAAAAGAUUCCGUCACUGACAGAAACUGCUGAAGUGCUGAUAUUCGACAGAGCUUGGGAGUCUGCUAUCAUCAUCGACCCGAUCGUUGAAUGUUUAUUGAAUGCGCCGCUAAUGAUUGCUACACACGAAGUUGACACGAAUGAAUGCCGAGCUCAACAGCCUGGCGAUUUGCUUGUGCGAGUAGAUGUGGUGACAGCAAUCGUUUGAAUGCAGUCAUGAGCCAAGUGAUCGGAAUUUCGGUAGAUGUGGUGAGACUAAACUUUUUAAGGAGUGAAUCAAUUUAUUUUCUGAUUCUGAGUUUUUUCCUCUCGGUUAGGUGCUGAACCGCUUUGGUUUAAUUUUUUUCGGUGCUUGAUGGAAAAUGUUGGCACAAUACACUGACAGUCGCAAUUCUUGAAACCAUCAACGCAUUGGCCACUUUGAAGCAAAGCAUCGAUUCAUAUUUAAUGUGUAGUAUUGUUCCCAUAAUGAUAUCAGGUGUGCCUAGUAUGGGUUUUCAAUCAUUUUUAGGGUGUAUUUUGGAACAGGCUAGGGUCAAUCAGAAAGAUCCAGUAUUAUCACAAAUAAAUAAAACUGUGCAGGCAUGAACGUUUCGAAAAAUGUCCCCUUAUUUCCAAAGCUAAGACACAAUCCAUUUUAGAGCAUAAAUAGAAAGUAUAGAAUAGUUAAGCAAUUUGAUAACCUUUAACACAGACACAGACACACCACAACACGCCUCAACCUCAAAUACGGAAAAAAAACUCACCAUGAUAUGAUAUGGUGGCAGCCCUCGUGCACCAACAACUUACACAAAUGUAAUACCUCAUGUUUCCUCUUGUUUGAAUGUUAUCUCUACAAUCUAUGUGUCCGAACAAAUUUUCAAUUGAAAUUGCCCGUUAAAAAGUGUAGCCUUAUUUUUCAAAUAGUUCUUUUUGUUUCAGAAAAAAUUUCAAAAAUACACUUUGAGAAAAUUAUUAUUUGGCUAUUUUACAAAAAUCAAUUAUUUGCUGCCCCAUAAAUUGUUAAAUCCAGUAUUCUUCUUAAAAAUGGUCCACACCUAAAGUGUUAAACAAAAAAUAAAGUAAUUAAAAGUAAACAAGUGACAAAACAAGAAAAUGUAUGCACCAAUCGUAACUAACCAUUUGAUAUACAUCCAACACCGUUUAUAGAUAAUAAACAAAUAAAGCAAAAUAAAAAAAAGUAUCCAUUAUAUUGAACGUGGUCACAAACAACGAGAUAGUAAGAAAAAAAGAAGAAUAAAACAGGAAACCAUCCGAUGCUGCGUCCUCCUGAAAAAGAGGGAAAAAAUCCGCAUUUGAGCUGAACGUUUCCUUCCGGGUUUUAUUGCCAAAAUUUUCGUUGUCGAAAGCAAAAAUCAAAUAAUUACGUCCGGAGUAAAAAGGGGAAAAAAGAAUAAAAGAGAAAGUAAAUGAUUACCUACACCGAUUAGAUUAGGACUCGUUUCCUAGAAAAGAAAUUUCGUAGAUUUUUGUUUCCUUAAAUUUGAGGGGUUUUCUCUAGAGGGUUGUUCUCUAGCAGUUCACUUUUGCGUUUCAGAGCAGGGAAGAAAAUCAAUCGCGGAGCACGUGGCGGGAGGAAAACAUUAUUUAGAGCUUGCUCAAAUAUUUGAUGAAAAAUUAUACAUUACUGCUGGAAAUGAAACAUCGUACGUAGGGAAAGAAAUGCCGUCGGGAUCGAGCGGAAGAGAGUUAACUUAUGCAUUAGAAAAAAAGAUUGCAAAUGAAAUUGGAAUAAAAUAUUAUAUUUGUAUCGUUCGUUGAACACCGUGUAGGGAUUUAAUGUUUACUGUUCAGAACAAACAUUAUUAUUCUGUAAGUGGAGUCAACCAGCACUAGCCUAUGAUGAGGGUAUAAUUGAAAUAAAAAAAAAAACUUACACUUGAAAUGUAA